AUGGUUCCAUCUUGUUGUUGCUGGAGUGAAUCUAUCGGCACCAUAGCUGUGGCAUACAACUUUGGACCUAACGGCCGGCCCAGUAACCUUUCGGAAUGGGGGAUCCCCGUUGGCAACAACCACGGUAGUAGUUGCGGAACUACUGGGCCGGGAGAGGACAACCUCUUGUUCCUGCUCCUCUUUCUUCGCUUCGGGGACGGAGGUCCUACGGGUGACUCAACUUCUCAGCUAGAGUUGGGGGUGGGACUUGUUGGCAUAAUGCAAGCUGGAACGUGGGAAUUCGAGUUUGGGGGGAGACGGGCGUCGACCCAACCUUAUGAGUAUUCGGACUAUAACAGUUCCGAUGAACAGUCACUCACUUUUGACAGUUAUACGAUUCCAGAAGAUGAUCUAGAAUUGGGUCAAUUACGUUUAUUAGAAGUGGACAAUCGAGUGGUUGUACCAGCCAAAAGUCAUCUACGUAUUAUUGUAACAUCUGCUGAUGUACUUCAUAGUUGGGCUGUACCUUCCCCAGGUGUAAAAUGUGAUGCUGUACCUGGUCGUUUAAAUCAAACCUCUAUUUCGGUACAACGAGAAGGAGUUUACUAUGAUAGGCCGACUGCUGAGCCCACUCUGGCUCAGCCGCACCACCCAGGGUGCGAGCCACCCGAGAAGCAAGCUAUUACAGCGAGCGGCUGGAGCAGUAUGGAGCCGAGGAGCAAGGCAGUAGAUAAGAUAGAAGAAGGGGUCAGGCUCCCGGUGGAGCAGAGGAUACGGUCAUGCGAAGGGGGCCAGUCCAAGAUCGUACUGUUCCUCUACAAAGACAACAGACGCUCUCAACGGCUAGGCGCCACUCUCUUUCUGAGUUAUUCCAGCUUCUUCAUGAUUUCGUGCCGCGGUGAACAAACAAAACAAAAAAGAGGGCCAUCUCAGCGGAAGGAGAAGGACCUGCAACGGCAGAGACUACUGACCCUAUUCUUGUUCCUAGCCGUCUUUUACGAGUCCGGAAAGCCUCCUCAGAGGGAUCCUAAAAAUAGAAUAGAGAAGGGCGGGCAGGGCUUCCGCAAGAGCCUCCCCCCUCUUCCCGGUCAAGAUAGAUGGGAAGGAGCCCUAUCAAGGCCAUAA